AUGCCCACCAAGCUCCAGCAGAAGAAGCGCCUCGGCGUGGCCAUCUCGAACCAGAAGCAGGUCGCUCGGAUCAAGAAGUCCAAGGCGGACCGCCUCCACCGCUCCAUCCGCAAGGUGGAGGCCGACGCUGCGGGGCCGGGCGACGUGCUGCUGCGCUCUGCAGAGGACGCUGAGGAGAUGGACGCGGACACCUUCUUGGACGGCGGCUUCGAGCAGUACAUGGGCGACGACUCGGCCGAGGAGGAGGAGACGGAGGUCGCGCCGCCUCCGCCGGCUGCAAAGGCGGCGCGUGGCUCCAAGGCGGGGAGCAAGGGUGCAGGCUCGUCGUCGCAAAAGUCGUCGCACAAGUCGCAGCUCGAGGCGCUCGAGAAGUCGGAUCCGGCCUUCUUCAAGUACCUGCAGCAGACGGACAAGAGCCUGCUAAACUUUGAGGACGAGGACGAGGAGGAGGAGGACAGCGAGGCGGAGGAGGAGGAGGACGCGGAUUCGGAGGAGCUGGAGGAGGACGAUGGCGAGGAGGAGGAGGACGAGGACGAGGACGAGGACGAGGAGGACGAGGACGAGGGCGGGGAGGAGGAGGACGACGAGGAGGAGGAGGAGGGCGCUGAGGCUGCCGCGCAGCCGCGCAAGCCGCAGCCGCGCACGGCGGCGGUCGAGCUCACGGUGCCUCGCGUCGAGGGGUGGGUGGAGGCGGUGUCGGGCGGGAAGACGCACCGCGCCUCGCUCAAGCAGCUGGUGGCGGCCUUCCGCGCCGCGGUCCGCUUCGGCGACGACGAGAGCGAGGGCAGCUCCGACAUGGUGUUCGCCUCGUCGCACGCCUUCAACGCGGUGAUGCGCUUCUCGAUCGGCCAGAUGGACGCGGUGCUGAGGGCGCACCUCGAGGGGGGCGCGGCGCCGGCGGGGCGCAAGGGCAGCAGCAAGGCGACGCGGGAGGGGAAGAAAGCGGGCAAGGCCCCGCUGGUCAAGUCAUACCUGACCAACCUGGUCGUCUUUGUCGACCGGCUCGCCUCGUCGGCGGAGCGCGGCUCCGAGAUGCUGUCGGUGGCGCUCGGCCAGCUGCACCGCCUCGUGCCCUUCCUGCUGCCCUUCCCACGGCUGCGCCCCAAGGCGCUGCGUGCGCUGCUCCGCGCGUGGGCGGCGCCCGAGGCGGGCGGGCAGGGCUGCUCGCUCGUGUCGUACGCCGCCGUGCGCCAGCUCGCCACCGAGGGAGGCAUGUUCGACGAGGCGCUCAAGGGGCUCUACCUCGCGUACGCUCGCGGCGCCAAGGCGAUGACGCGGCCUCGCCUCGCGCGCGUCGUGCUUCUCUCCUCCUGCCUCGUCGACUUGUGCGGCGCCGACCCCGCCGCAGCCUACCAGCAUGCGUUUGUCUACAUCCGCCAGCUCGCCAUCCACUUGCGCAACGCCAUCCAAAAGACGAGCGAGGCCGCCACGCGCCAAGUCUACUCGUGGCAGUACGUCAACUGCCUCCGGCUCUGGGCGCAGGCCCUGUGCGCUCUCGCCAAGCCGGCGGACUCGCCGCUGCGCCAGCUGGCGUACCCGCUCGUCCAGAUCUGCCUCGGCACCGCGCGGCUGCUGCCAAACAUCCGGUACGCGCCCCUCCGCUUCCAGUGCGUGCGCAUGCUCAACAACCUCGCUGCGGAGCUGGGCGUCUUUGUGCCCGUCGCGCCGCUGCUGCUCGAGACCUUCCGCUUCGCGCAGCUCGCGAAGCCGCCGAAGAAGGCGCCGCGCGACAAGCCGCCCGACUGGGCCGUGCUCAUCAAGGUGUCCAAGGCGGACGCCGACAAGUGGGUCUACCAGGAGAGCAUGGCGCUCUUCCUGCUCGCCGAGCACCUGCACGGACUCGCGUAUGACGUCUCCUUCCCGGAGCUCAUCGUGCCCACCCUCGCCGCCCUCAAGCGCGUCGCAAAGGCCACCAAGAUCGUCGCGCUGCAGCAAAGAGCGCGCCGGCUCAGCUCCCUGGUCCGUUCCGCCUCGCCCCCCCCCCCCUUUUCCCGCUCCCUGGGAGAGCCUCCCCCGCCCGAACUCGAAACUCUGUGGAAGCCAAGGAGGACCCACUGGCCUAAAUCGGGCGCCUACUGA